UGAGUCAAAAUGACAAGUCCUUUCGCUUAAAUUAUGCGGUACUGAUAGCGCCUGUUCUUAUAAUUGAAAAUUAAUAUUUCGAUAGGUAUUUUGUCUCAUAUACAAUAAAAAAAAUAUCCAUUAAAUAUUUAUUUGAUUAUGAAUGAAGCACAAGGUGUGGAUCCACAGUUUGAAGACUUUAUCCUGACAGAAACACAAAAACAACGAUUCCAGGUUUUAGUACACGGACUCACGGAUACGUGUUGGGAUACGUGUAUGGGUCGACCUUCAAUUCGUUUGGAUUCCAAAACUGAAGUAUGCAUUAUGAACUGUGUCGAUAGGUUUAUUGACUCCACAACCUUUAUAACGAAAAGACUUAUGAAUACAACUAAAUACCGUUCUGACGCACCACUUGAAUUUCAGUAGAAGAAAAAGUAAGGAAAAAAUAAAAAAUGUUUUCUAUGAUUAAAAACUUUUUGCAACGUCAUAAGAGGAAAUUUAUAGUUACCGGUGCCGUGUUUGGCUCUUUAUACUUGCUUAUGGGCUAUGCUCAAAAGAGGCUCAGGGAAUGGCAAGAAAAAGAAGCAAAAAAAUUCUUUGAAAUGACUCGUAAAAAACAACACUUUGAAAGCACAGAAAGAACAUGUAAUCAAACUAUACUUUCAUUAUCGAAAAUAGUUUCUGAAAGUAUUUUAAGUAUACUUAACACUGAAGAGAUUAUACAAAAGUUGCAAGAUAAUCCUGAUAAUAAACUUGCUUUAUGGGAACAAAUGAAAGUAAUGAUUUUUACUAGGAUUUGUGUCUUAAUAUAUGCUUUGUCUAUACUAAAUGUCACUUUACGAGUACAGUUGAAUAUAAUUGGUGGAUAUCUGUACAGAGAUUCGAUGCAUGAAGACGAACCUCUUAUAGACAGUGAGCUACAAGCCAAAUACUUAUCUCUCUGUCAUCAUUUUGUUGGCCCAGGAGUUGAGGAUUUAGCCAGGCAAAUAGAAAGAGCUGUUAAAAGAGUUGUAGAGCCUAUUUCUUUAAAAAAGAAAAUCACCUUACAGGAAGUUGAACAAGUAUUUUGGUCCAUACAAACAAUCUUGUGCACAGAUACUAAUGAUGGGGACCCCAUUAAAAAGAUGGUUCAUUAUUUGGUGGACCAUACUGAAAUAAAUGAUGCUAAAUUUGAUACAAUUGUUAAAGAAACAAUGGACAUUUUAGAGAGUGAUGAAGUAAUGUCAGUUGCUAUGUCUACAGUUAGUAGAAGUUUUUCUUCUAUUGUGGAUGAAGUGGCAAACUUAUUCACUGCCAAAUGGGUACCGACUAAGAAAAAUCACUUAGAAGUCAUAGAAGAUCAUGUUAUUACAAAUGGAGCCAUGAAAUUGGGUGGCAAUAUAGAUCCAUUUAUUGACGUGAACAAACUUGAUAUGCACUUUGUGAAGCUUUUGCCAGUGGUCAAUGAACUUAUUACAAAAAAUACUUGCAAAAACAACACCAACAUUCCAGACUUACUUACACAACAGCUUACAUUAAACGAAAAGUUAAAAGUUCUUGGUGCAAAUGUAUAUGAAGUGUUUAGCAAUAUAUAAAACAUAUGGUAAAUGUGAUUUUUUUUAAGUGAAAGAAAAUGCCUGUUAAGUUUAUUUGGAUAAAUUGUAGUGUAAAAUUUAAUUUACAAUUAUAUUUACAUUCAUUGGUUUAUAAAUAUGGAAGUGUUUGCACAUGGUAUAAAAAUAAAUAUUUCUUAUUUUAUGUGUUACUCAAUUUGGGGUCAGUAAUAAAAGUGUAUGAUUAA